CCUGAGCCGCGCAACUCUCGGACCCGCCCCCGCACCUCGACAGCAGCGGGCACCAGGGACGCGCCGCGACGCGGGACGGCUGCGCCAUGACGGCCGAGAGCGGGCCGCCACCGCCGCCGCCGCAGCAGUCGGAGGCGCUGGCGGCCGUGAAGCAGGAGCGGGGUGAGGCGGGGGCCGGGGUCCCGGCAGAGGCCGCGGGUCGCGGCGCGGGCGGGAGGCGGCGGAAGCGCCCCCUGCAGCGCGGGAAGCCGCCUUACAGCUAUAUUGCGCUCAUUGCCAUGGCCAUCGCGCACGCGCCGGAGCGCCGCCUCACCUUGGGUGGCAUCUACAAGUUCAUAACCGAACGUUUCCCUUUCUACCGCGACAAUCCCAAAAAGUGGCAGAACAGCAUCCGCCACAACCUCACACUCAACGACUGCUUCCUCAAGAUCCCGCGCGAGGCCGGCCGCCCAGGCAAGGGUAACUACUGGGCCCUCGACCCCAACGCCGAGGACAUGUUCGAGAGCGGCAGCUUUCUGCGCCGCCGCAAGCGCUUCAAGCGCUCUGACCUCUCCACCUACCCGGCUUAUAUGCACGACGCGGCUGCCGCCGCUGCUGCUGCCGCCGCCGCCGCCGCUGCCGCCAUCUUCCCGGGAGCGGUGCCUGCUGCGCGCCCUCCUUACCCGGGCGCCGUCUAUGCAAGCUAUGCCCCGCCGUCGCUCGCCGCGCCGCCCCCGGUGUACUACCCCGCUGCUUCACCAGGCCCGUGCCGCGUGUUCGGCCUGGUACCAGAGCGGCCGCUCAGCCCAGAACUGGGCCCCUCACCGUCGGGGCCCGUGGGUUCCUGCGCCUUUGCCUCGGCUGGCGCUUCUGCCGCUACCACUGGCUACCAGCCAACCGGCUGCGCCGGCGCCCGACCUGCCAACCCCUCCGCCUAUGCAGCAGCCUAUGCGGGCCCCGACGGCGCGUACCCACAAGGCGCCAGCAGCGCCCUCUUCGCAGCGACUGGCCGGUUGGCAGGCCCUUCCUCACCCCCAGCGGGUGGCAGCAGUGGCGGCGUCGAGACUGCGGUGGACUUCUAUGGGCGCACAUCACCGGGCCAGUUCGGAGCCCUGGCGCCCUGCUACAACCCUGCUGGGCAGCUCGGAACGGGCAGUGGAGGCACCUACCAUGCUCGUCAUGCCGCCGCCUAUCCUAGUGGAGUGGAUCGGUUUGUGUCUGCCAUGUGAUCCGAGGCGAAAAUUCAUAGGUACCUCGACGGACCUUACGAACUAAGUAUCCGCGAAACCUGAGGACAGAACUGGAGAGGGUUCCGAAAUGAGAGCCUCGUGGGAGGGACCGAGCCAGCAGGACAGGCGAAGCCUCCGGGAGGCAUGGCUUUGAAAAUGGGAGGAGGUGGGGAGAGGCAUCCGUGGCCCACGGACUGGGAUAAUGGACUCACAUUGAGGCUUCUCUGACAUUACCGGGGAGGGUCCUUGGCUCUAAGGGACUCAAGGUAGUGUCCACACCAGAGUCCAGGAUCUGAAUUGUGGAGAAUCACUUGGCUUCACUCCUCCCUGUAUAUCCCGAAACUCGGCCCUUUUUUACACAGUCUGAGUCUUGUGCCUUUGACUACAUUACUACAAUAAAAGGCACCAAUGCACCUUCCUACUUAAGGUGAGGAAGGCAAAUUUGCAAAAGAAAUAGGGGUUUUUGUUUUGUUUGUUUGUUUUUUUUUUUUAAUUGGAAAACCCUGCUUCGCUUGACCAGGGGCUUGUUUUCCCUGCAACACAGAACUGCAGACAUGACUCUGAGACUGGACUGUGCCUCAGCUCCACAGUGUGACCCAUUCCCAACACUCAUAACCCCAGUCUCCCCAUUUGUUAUUUAAGAGGGCUGCAGAAUUCCCUGACCCCCAUGAGAUCCUUAAGGGUCUCAUCAUGUUGGUGCCAUGCAUAUUUGGCAGCAUGGGUGGGCCACCUAGGGCCUACACCUAUUUCAGGGAAUAGGAAAGAAGCUCAUGGCAAACAUCUAACUUCCUCUGGAUUAGCUCCAGGCACAAAUUAUAUCAUAAUUUCUUGAAUCUUUUGAGCAUGAUGUGCUGAUUGUUCGGCAGCUAUUACUGCUGGGUCAUAAAUGCAGUUUUCCAAUGAAGCUGGUAGAAAUGCAUUUAUCCAUUGCCCACUCUUUCUUUUCAUCAAGCAGCCCCAGAUCCAAUGGGUGAACUAAAAUUCAAAGAGUUAAUAGGACUCAGGGAGACUGUUAAUGAGAGCUUUCAGUUUGUCUCACUGGCUCUUCCAUCCCUAGAACCCUCUGCCUUACCUAAGCAGCCUCUCCAUGCAAAAAGGAAAGAGAAAAAUUGAUUGGGGUGGACAGUUAAGUAGGCUUUAGAAAGAAGCUCAUAUUUAGCUUUGUUUUGUAUCUAUUUGUUUUAAGCAGCAAGCUGACCAAAAUCAGGGGAAAAAAUCCAACAACCACUUUCCCACCUUUCUCUUGAAAUUUUGUACGUCUCAAUUGUGGAGUGAAACUUUCCAGCAUUAACUAUUUCAGAGGUUUGAUACACAGCUUUCAGGUAACCUUGAGUGUACAGAUGAACUGUUUUAAUAAAAAUCUUUGAGCAAGUGAGUUCUGGCAAGAAAAAAUGCAGCCCCUUUGCUAGGUGCGGGUGUGAGAAAGAAGACUGAAAACCACUGGUAAUUUUUAUUUUUAAUUUCAGGGAUUGUGCUAUCCUUUUCAUAAAAACAGGUGAAUGUGAUUCAGUCCGGACCGGUAUUUGUCUAAACCAGUGCUGCCCAAUAGAAAUAUAAUGCAAACUGUGUAAUUAAAUUUUUCUGGUAGCCACAUUCAUAAGAUAAAAUCAAGUGAGAUUAAUAAUAUUGUUUUAACCCAAUAUAUCCAAAUUAUCAUUUCAACAUGUAAUCAAUAUAAAAAUUAUUGAGAUAUUUUACUUUUUCAUACUAAGUCUUCAAAAUUCAGAGAGUAUUUUCAGCUCAUCUAAAUUUGUACUAGCCAUAUAUGCCCAGCGCUCAACAAAAGCACUGUGGCUGAUGGCAACCGUAUAGGACAGUACAGAUUUACAUGUUGGUCCUUCCUGACUUUGGUGAUGAUAAAUGACCACCUGGGGCAGGGGGCAGCUGUAGCACUGACCCUACUGCCAGUGGGUCCAGCUUUAAGGUCCAGGCCUGUGACUCUGAAAAAAAAACCUAGGCAUUAAGUAGGCUUCCCUUAUCUUCAUUUGGACCCUUACGGGCUGAAAUUCAAAGCUUCUCCAUAUGCAGUCCAGCUCUCCAGGCAGAAAUCAGGAUGCCUUGCCUAGUUGGCAGUUGCCCUUAAUGGAAAGCCCUCCACCCACGAGUUUUAUCCUUUGUGGCCUUAAAGCCCAGCUAGGGGAUAUGGACUGGAGAAGGGUGGUGGAUGUGCCCAGUUAGUGCAGGAGUUGACACUUUAUCUGUGUUUUAAUUACCAAAUCGAGGACUCGGACGGCACCAUUGACCUUAAGCCAGUCCCUUCUCUAGCGUCCUCAUCUGUGGAUGAGAAUGUAUGACCCUCCCUCGCAGAGUCCUCCUGACAUUAAACCAGUCGAGAGAGGUGGGAAUGCUUUGUAAAUUGUAAAGCGCUGGGCACACAAGGGAGGAAAAGCUUUAAAGUGAAAAAUAUCGUCGCCUGAUCGCCAAGCCUCCUGGACCGCCACGAUAAAGCCGGGGGAACAAGAAAACUGGGGGAACGGCACGCGUCUUCGCCCCCAACUCUCCUUGUCAACUAGGACGACAGGUGAGAUCGCGUCAAAAGCGAGGGUCUGUGCCAGGAGAGAAGGGACGCUGCGAGAAGGGAGCUGGGUGUGUACUGCAGAAGCCAGGAGAGACAGCGAGCCCCUCGAGGCGUUGAAGACCGAGCGUCAGCCUUCUUGGCCUCCCAUCGGCCGGUGCCACCCAAAUUUCGCGCGCCUCCCGGCCCGUCCCGAAUGCAAGCAGCGCAGGCGAGGAAGCAUUGCUCGCGAUGCAGCUGCAUUCGCACCAGAGGAAAGCCUCCAGCCGCGCGACUCCAGGACCUUGAGAACAUUGACUGCUGCGUCCUGGGACUAUCCAACUGUCCGAAUCCCCAGACCGUGUUCUCCGUCUAAGGACUCAGACGGGAGGUGCGUUUCUCUUUUUUUUAUUCCUAUGUGUAGACCAGAACAAAUCCUUUUGCCCCUCUCUGGGCCCUGCACCCCCAGCGUCGUGUGCAGGCGCCCCCACCCCCGGGAUGUGGAUAAUUAGAUGCGUUCUUCCCUAAUUGCCGAAGGCUCGUUAGAAUUCGCCCCAGAGCUAUAACAUUUAUUUUCUUUCACAGUAACUAUGCUUGCAAUUAAGCUUAGGAAACCAGCAACAAAAGCAGACUUGGCCCUGGGUCGUUUACUACAAAAAUGGAUUAAGGAAACUUCUUCCUCCGUUUGAAGGGAAAGAUUUCCUGCAACCAGAGCUUUGGGGGAAGUGUUCACCGCAGCUCUUGCGCGGGUUGUGUAUGGUAAUGGCUCUGGCCUUCAUCUCAGUGAUCCAUGCUCCGUGGGCCAGAAAGAGUAAAGGAUAACCUCACUGAAAUGAAUUGGAAGGGUGCGGGGGUGUGUGUGUGUGCUGAAUUACCCAUCCAUGAUAUGAAACUGCUGUAUGUAGUUACAGUUUAUCCAGCACAUUCAUAAACAGUCUCAUUUCCCAAAAACUUUGUGAAAUUUUCUUUUAGUAAAAUUAAUUUUUUGUUA